GAGCCCCGCUUUGCCCGCCGCUCCGUGCCCCCGCCGCCGCCGCCACCGCCUCUCGGAUUGCUACGCGGGCGCAAAAUGGAUUACAGCGACCCUUCCGGGCUCCUCUGCAGGCGGGCAGAGCCGCGAACUGGUCCGUGCCCAAGGAUUAUCCCAAGGAACCUGAAGAUCCUACACACACUGUUAAAGUCAAAAUUCAAGAAAAAACAUAAGUGUGGUGGCUCCCGCGGCGGCGAGUGGCCCAGGCCGACGACGUGAGGCGCGGGGAGGCAGUCAAUGAUAUUUGAGCAGGGGCCGCGGGCCUUGGCGAUCGCAGAGCACAAGAUGCAGAAAGCCGCCUACUACGACAACGCGGGGCUCUUCGGGGGCUACACGUACAGCAAGGCCGACUCCUACCCCUACGGCGCGGCCCACCAGCCCUACGGCCCGGCCGGCCUGGACGGCGAGUACCCCGCCUCCGCCUGCUCCGUCCAGGGCUCGGCGCCCGGCCGCGGCCCGGCGCAUAAGGGCAGCGAGCUGAACGGCAGCUGCAUGAGGACGGCGGGGGGCGGCCCCGGGGGCAGCCAGCCCCCGGGCAUGGGCGAGCAGCAGCCCCCGGCGCUGCCGCCCUCCUCCCCGCCCAACCCUCCCAGCGCGCCCCCUCCGAAAAAAGCCAAGGGGGGCCCCAACUCCUCGGGCUCUUCCACCGCCACCCUCAGCAAGCAGAUAUUCCCCUGGAUGAAGGAGUCCCGGCAGAACUCCAAGCAGAAAAGCACCUGCCCCCCCUCAGGAGAGAGCUGCGAGGACAAGAGCCCCCCCGGGCCGGCCUCCAAGCGGGUGCGCACAGCCUACACCAGCGCGCAGCUGGUGGAGCUGGAGAAAGAGUUCCACUUCAACCGCUACCUGUGCCGGCCGCGCCGGGUAGAGAUGGCCAACCUGCUGAACCUGACCGAGCGGCAGAUCAAGAUCUGGUUCCAGAACCGCAGGAUGAAGUACAAAAAGGACCAGAAAGCCAAAGGGAUCAUGCACUCCCCCGUGGGGCAGUCCCCGGACCGCAGCCCCCCCCUGAGCGGCCCGAACCACGUCGGCUACUCCAGCCAGCUCCCCGGCGUCAACAGCCUCAGCUACGACACCCCCUCGCCCACCUCCUUCGCCAAGUCCCAGCAGAGCAUGUACGGGCUGGCCGCCUACACGGCGCCGCUGAGCAGCUGCCUGCCGCAGCAGAAGCGCUACGCGGGCGCGGAGUACGACCCGCACCCCCUGCAGAGCAGCGGUGGCUUCGCCAACCCCGGCCUGCAGGGCAGCCCCGUCUACGUCGGGGGCAACUUCGUGGACUCGAUGCCGGCCUCGGGCCCUAUGUUCAACCUGGGGCACCUGCAGCACCCCUCCUCCGCCAGCGUGGACUACAGCUGCGCCGCGCAGAUCCCCGGCAGCCACCACCACGGACCUUGCGACCCCCACCCCACCUACACGGACCUCUCCUCUCACCACACGUCUCAGGGACGGAUGCAGGAGGCGCCCAAGCUCACGCAUCUGUAGCGGGCCGGGAGCGAGCCGAGCGGGCUCGCCUCUGAUUACCUCACUUUUCGGACGUGACCGUGUUGCCGGUGCCAGCAGUAUUAGCGGAUUUGCCUCCCCUAAGAGCCACCACCCUCUUUCCCCGCAGCCCCGAGUAGGUCCGUGAGCAGGAGCCGUCCUUUUCUAGCUGUUGUAAGCAUGACAGUGCAAUAUACUGCAAACCAAGGGACUAAUAAGCUGGUAAUGAUGUACUUGAAGGUAAGUCUUAGAGACCCAUUAGUGUUAGCAGCGCGUCAUGCUGAGGUGUUGUAGACCAGUUGUGAGCGGUGGGAACUUGCCCGCGUGUGAGCUUAUUUCAGAGAAGUUAAUUUAUGAAUUCUUCCGUAACGUGAGGAUCGCAGCGGACUAAAUGAUAUGUAUUUAUUAUUUUAAGCGAGACAUUUUUGUAUCACUGAUUAUUUAUCCUCGUCUUAAUGUAUUUAUGUGGCUAUUUGUAGAGUUUAUUCACCAACGCUUCGGGAGAUCGAUCCAGGUCCGUGGUGACUUACAUUUCACCUAUUUAGUAUCUUCGGUCUGAGCUAGUUGAGAGAGUAGUCUUGAACAGUUGUAACAGUGGCUGGUGUUUGUAGUUUAUGUAAGGAUUAAUUAAGACAGCGACUUGUAAGUCAUUAAUAGAGUAAAACAAACCGUGGCGUCACACAAGGAGCCGUUACACUCGAAAAAAAAAAAAAAAAAAAAAAAAAAGAGGUUAAAAAAAAAAGUGCAGUAUUUUUUUCAAGUAUUUAUUUCAGCCCGGCUGGCACCGCGGGGCCGCCUCCGCGCUGGGAGCGCAGCCGCGGGGAGGAGGCGGUCUACGAGGCUUGGCCAUCUUGAGUCAGACCAAAUCCUGCCUACAAAAACCUCGGUGAGGUUAGCAUUUAUUUAUUGACUAGGGAUCUGUCGCACACAUUUUUUCGGUGGGCUGUUUUCUUUUUUUCUACUUUUGUUGUUGUUGUUGUUCAUUACAUUCUGGCUAUCUGAAAUAGGAAAGAAAUUAGAAGCUUAACGCAAAACAAAUAUAUUAGAAACCCUCUGAUAGUGCUAAUUUCAUUAGGGUCUCCAUAGCAAUCCGUGCAGCAGCUGCCACCUCCUUUGUUAUUUAUACUGUUGUCUUUAUACUAACCAUAAAUCAAAUUUUUAGACAUCUUUGGAAGCCCGAGCUUUUCCUCUUGUUUUUAUCAUAAAAAUAAACUUUGAAAGAAAAUUGACAAUCAGAUACAUACAGCCUAAAGGGAGCUGCCAGGGCGGGGCGUGGACAGCAGCCCAGAGCCCAAGACAGCCCAGUCCCACGAAGGGGACAGCUAACACACGGGGAAGAAUAAAAUUAUUUUAAAAAAA